AUGCAGGAAGCCCCAGUUCGCAGCUUGAGUUUGGGUCCCAAGCAAAAGCACAAUGUGGCUACGACACUCAAUUAUUGGGACGAUCCGGGAGACGGUUCCGGCCCAUCCCCUAUCUUCAUUGGCCGGGGUCGAGUCUCAAACAAGCGGCCACACCGCGCCCAUGGAUUUGAGGUGAUAGAUAUCACUGGAGAGGAAGACAAGUAUUCGCUCGACACCCACGGGUUUCAGUAUUGCCGGAACGAGAGCACCGAGAAGGAAUUCAUCGACGAGGAAGCCAUUCGAUCUAUCUACUACGAAGAAUGUCGAAACUUGUUGAAAGACAUUACAGGGGCUCGACGUAUCCACAUAUUUAACCACAAAGUCCGUCGGGGGCCGACCCAGUGGCAUCACCUAGGGCUCGAUGGGAACAACCUCGCCAACCGCGGGCCGGUCACCAGGACACACGUAGACCAGUCGUACACCGGUGCAGAGCUCAGGCUGAGAUGGGAGUUCCCCGAUCCCGAGGAAGCAGACGAACUGCUCGAGCGCAGGUACCAAAUCAUCAAUAUCUGGCGCCCAAUCGAAACUAUUCUCAAAGAUCCCAUCGCGGUGGCCGAUGCGAACUCCGUUCCGGACUCGGACCUCGUCGCGGCCGCAAUGGUUGAGGAGGAUUUCGAGGGGGAAUCUUGGGUCGUCCGGCACAACCCCAACCAUCGGUGGCAUUUCAAAUACCGGAUGACGCCUGAGGACGUACUCCUGAUUAAAUGCUUUGAUUCAGACACGUUCUUGGCGCGCAGGGCUCUGCACUCGGCUUUUGAAGACCCGGCCUACCGAGAGGAGAGGUCUCGGCAGAGCAUUGAGGUCAGGUGCCUUGUUUUAUACUAG